UACGCUUGAUCAUCGGCCUCCCUCUCCACAAGCCGCUCCAACCAACCCCCCUCAUGUGCACACAGCUCGUUUGAGCUGGUUGUUGGCUCUCGCACGGUGACUAUUGAGUCGACUAAAAAAUCCGUCAUCAACAGAACGCUUCAGGAGAGACCGUAUCACAGGACGUCCUCGGAGAAUAGGUGUCGCACACCGUCGCAGCCUGCCCACGUAGCAUCUCUUCGGUCAAUCUAGGGAAGCCUGAGCCAGACGCCGUCGCACGCCUGUCGCACGCCUGUGUCGCACGCUUGUGGCACAGGCUUGUCGCACAGCAUGGCGAAGGGUGGACAGCAGCCGUGCGCCGUGUGCCGAUCGCAAGCCGCCAAAUACAAAUGCCCCACGUGUCUUGCUCCCUACUGCUCCGUCGCCUGCUGCAGGACGCACAAAGAGACGCCAUGCCAGCCUCGGGAGCAGCCUGCCACAGCGGCAGCAGAGGCGGGAGCUACAGCCCCCACCACAGCUGAUGGCCGAGACAGCAGUCCCAGCGCUAAUCCCAGCAGCAGCAGGGCGCAGCAGCCCGUGCGGCCGUUUGAGGAGUGCGAGGAUGAGGACGAGCUCUCCUGGCGACUGCCCUGUCGCACUCUCAGGGAGAUAGCGGACGACUCGGCGCUGAGGCAGCAGCUGAGGGACCACGAUUUGCAGCGGCUGCUGCUACUCAUCGAUAAAUCACCGCAUCCAGAAUCAGCGCUAGAAGCAGCCAGGUCUCAUCCCACUUUCGCCAAGUUCCUUCACCAGGUCCAAAAACACUUUCCCCUAGCAGACUGACACUAGGGCCUUGUUGAGAAAUUUCACCAAGCGCAUGCAGGAUGCAUGUGGCGUGGUGGUGGGUGCACCUGCUGCUAGUGCAUGGAUUCGUUCCGCUGAAGAGCUGCAAGUCCUGACUCCUGACUCCUGAGCCCAACAACGUGUGCGUCAAACAAAGGGGGCUGUGUAGUGAGCCUGGUUAGGUUAGCCCCCCACCCCCACAAAUUGCGCUGAAGGAGUCUAACAAUUCCAUGACUUAUCAUCGGAGCACAGGCCUCCCUGCAUGCACUCGACUCAGGCAUUUGGGUUGACAAAAAGUCACCUCUUCGAUCUAGAUUGCAGACUGG